UCCACCCGACGGGCGCUGGCUCACCCACCGCCAUAUUGGGCAGCGCAGAGAGCCGGUGACCCGCUGAGCCCGAGCUGCUGAGCCCCAUGUCGGGCGUGCGCCUGUCCCCGGGCUCCCCGGGCGUGGAGCGGGUGUCCCGGGCGCCGGGCUCCCCGCGCCCCCCCGCCCGCCGCUGCCUGUUCGGGCCGGUGGAUCACGAGCGGCUGUCCCGGGAGCUGGCCCGGUGCCGGGGGGCGCUGGAGGACGAGCAGCGGGAGAGGUGGAACUUCGACUUCUACAACGAGCGCCCGCUGGAGGGGCCCCUGAGCUGGGAGCUGGCGGGGCCCGACACACCCGACUUCUACCGCCGGGGGCCACACCUGAGGCUCCGCGGAGCCCGGCCCGGCCCACAGGAGGAGACGGAGCCGGCCCGGGGGAGGAGGAGCGGCGGGGAGCCGGCAGCGGCCGACGCUCCCACGUCCAACAUGAAGAGAUCCCACAGGAGGGAUGGUGGAGAAUCGGAAGAGGGCAGCUUGACGCCCCCACCGGAGCAAACGCCCAAGAAGAGCCGCCCCAGCACGUAGAGGAACGGGAUCCAGGCUCGCCUUCCCCCAGUGUUGGCUGACUCCUGCCCACUCAGCCCGCGGACUCUGUCACUGGUGGGAGACUCCUGCAAGCACUGAUACAGAGUAACACUACACAGCCUGGGCAUGACAUGUAGCAUUGUGCAUCUGGCACCUUCAGCUUCUCUCACCACCCGUCUCCUUCCCCUCGCCCCUUGUGUAGCACAUAAAAUGUUUUAGAGAGGGGUGGGGCGUGGGACGGGUGUCACACUGAUUGGAGUGAAGAGAAUUAUCGGGGCUUAAAUGGAAGAUCGUCUGACGGAUCUUUUUAAAUUCUUCAGCACAGUCUGGCCUGUAACACACUGGGAAUGGUGUACGAGCUGUCGCAGAGGAGAAAGGUGGUGUUUCCCAUAGCAACCUGCAACAUUUUUUUUGUUUUGCGCAUUUAUAAAGUAAAAUCAGACACGGGUUUAUUUACUAAGCGUAGGGUUCUAAAGCCUGGCGCUUCCCACUGUGUUUGUGCCGGUAAUUAAAGCAUUGCCAUUUUACAUUUUGGCCAUAAACACGACUGAAUGCGCCAGGUUUUAGAACCCUGUGCUUGGUAAAUAAACCACCCGGCAUCUAUGUGUGUUGCCACCUCUUUUUCCUUUUUACCAGCUUAUCCGUCAGUCUUCCUGACGCGUUUCAGGCUUCAAGCAAACUGUAUCAGUUGUAAGCAUUUUCCGUUGCUGUUGCUGAACUACAACUGACAGAAUCUCCUCCUAAAGAUCAUGUGAUUAGGGUUCAGUAAUAACUACAGUGGGUUUGUGGCACAUUAGGGAAUCCUAAGUAUUACAUUUUUAUUUUUCUGUUUGAAUUCCACCAGCCGUUUAAUAAAUGAAUGGCUGCCUAAACUGCGUGAAGGCUACAGGUGCCCCUCAAUUAAAACAUUUUUUUUCAUUUUAUUACCUCCACCUGACCAGUGGGUGACAAACAUCUGUUCCCAAGGCAUGCAGUUACUGAUAGCAGCCAGGCUAAUGUGGGUGCAGGUGGUUAGGUGGUAGGUUUUCCUUACAUGGCGCGUUUCACCAAUAUCUUUGAGUGAAUGCAGAUUUUUGCAGGUCCCAAUUUAAGAACCUUUGGGGAACCACCUUCCACUGUGCCAGUUAGUAAGUACUCAAUAUCACAACAGUCAUGAUCCAAGAACAAUAGGAUCUGACUGGCUGUCUAUGGAAAAGUGAGGGUUAAAGCAGGAAAUCAAAAGUAGGUGUUGCCUGAAUUAAUUUAAUUGCAUUUAGUGCCGCUGCUCCCAAAAGGUCUUCUCUCAUUUCCUGGCGACCGUUUCAUCACUCGGAAAGUAUUGUUAAAACUCUCUCUUGCUGGCUGUAGCACUGUAUGGCCUCACUUUGGCUUUAGUUGCUCCGUUGAUGCAAAUGCACAGCACCACCUACAGGCUGUGCCAGGUACUGCACCAGAUUUACUCCUACACCCAGCAAAAUAUAGUUUCUUCAAUAACAGUCUGUGGAUGGAGCCGUAAGCAUUACCCACCCCACCCUAACAGUGUGUUCAGGUCGUACUCGUGCUGAAAGAUGGCUCCACAGUAUUUUUUUUGUUUUGUUUUUUAAACAAUUUUUUUAUUACAGUUUUUCUUUUUUUUUUAUGCUUGUACAUAUAAAUAUAUCUAUUUUUUAAUUUGUGAUAGGGUUUGAAAAAAAAAAUUAAUCUGAUCUUGAACAUUGGCUUCAGCUGUGUGACGACAACAUUCGGGUUGUACGCUUUCUCUUCAUCCCACCAACACAUUUCCGUUAUUAAAUUGGGGAAACCAGUAUCUUGGAACAGUACUACUUUUCCCCCCCAUCCUCGCCAGAGACAGUGGGGGGGUGGGGGGGUGGGGUUAAUCAUGUUAAAUCAUAUUCACACUCGGCUUAGGGUAUUUUCCGGGUGCACAGCCCACCCUACAAUCACAGGAAGACGGGGAGGCGGAAUAUUUCUCCAGUACUGCACUUCCUGGGCGCUGGAACCAGCAGCGUUCAGCAAUAGUACUGUCUCAUCACCUGCCCCGCGGUGCGUUGUCUUUGUAUGUAGCAUACUCUAUGGUGACCAAUUUUGAGAUGUGUGUGAAUUGCUGUGUAAAGACACUGAAACAUUGUACUAACUUAUUUAUGUUUUAAAAGAGAAAAAAAGAAAAAAGAAGUUUUGUUUAAUCUAAAAAUUUAAUUUUUAAAUUUCUGUUUUUUUUUUUUUUUUUCAAGAAGCCAAAGCGGCAAAUUUUGUGUAUCUGUAAAUGCUGUUUAUAUAUACGUAUAUAUUUUUUUUUUUCUUUUGUUUUGCUGAAGUGUAGCAGGGUUGUUGUUUUUUUUGUGUUUUUUUUACAAUUUUUGUUUUUUUCUCGGUAUAAUUUGGCUGUAGAAAAGAUUGCAGACUGAGCCAGAUGACUUAUAAGAAAAAAAAAAUAUAGUUUUGUUUUUGUUUUGUUUUUUUGUAAAAGUUUGAAAAGAAAAAAAAAAGUUUGAUUUGCUGUACCAACCUCAUGCAAUCUGAAAAUAAAACAAAAAAAUAAUAUUAAA